AUGUCUCUCAUUCCCGAGAUGUCAAGACUUCGCACGCUCGAACCGGAGAUCGAUGACCAGAGGCCCGCCUUGCUUCAUCGGUCUUUGGUUACUCAUCCCCACGUCGUUUACCGUGCGAGUGGCAGCUAUCUGCAUUUAGCCGACGGUCGUUCUAUACUCGAUGCUUGCGGAGGAGCUGCCGUAGCUGUCAUAGGUCACGGCAACCCCCAAGUUAUUGCAGACACCGCGGCGCAGAUGCAACGGACAAAUUACAUCCACACAGGCGCAUAUACAACUACGGCCGCUGAGAACCUGGCAAGGUUGGUCCUUGAGCCUACCACUGCUGUUGAUGGCAAGGGCGGUCUCUUUGCCCAUGGCCUGACGAGGGCCUUCUUUGUGGGAAGUGGUAGCGAGGCGAACGAAUCUGCACUCAAGAUUGCGCGACAGUAUUUCGUUGAGAAGGGGGAGCUCCAACGGCAGCAUUUUGUAUCACGUCGACAGGCAUACCAUGGAAACACCCUUGGUGCCAUGUCAAUAUCGUCGGUCCGAGGACGGCGAGUGCCGUAUGAAGACAUCCUUCUGCCCAAUGUAUCAUUUGUCGAUCCUGCAUUUGAGUAUCGCUACCGACACGAUGGCGAAACAGAGGAGAAAUAUGCGAAGAGACUAGUCUUUGAACUAGAGGCUCACUUUUUAAGCGUUGGGCCUGAGAAGAUUAUCUCUUUCAUAGCUGAGCCAGUAGUCGGAGCUGCAUCUGGCUGUGUGACCGCUCCCAAGGCCUAUUUCAGUGGAGUGAGAUCUCUUUGCGACAAGUAUGGAAUCUUGUUGCACUUUGACGAGAUUCUUUGUGGUAUGGGUCGCACAGGAUCGUACUUUGCUUUUGAACAAGAGGACGGUGGCGUUUUGCCCGAUAUUGUUACCAUCGGCAAAGGCCUGGGUGGCGGAUACGUGCCUCUUGCGGCCAUGUUGGUUAAUGAGAGAGUAGUCGACGCUUUACGACACGGCACAUCCGUCUUCAAUCACGGACAUACCUUUCAGGCGCAUCCGACCGCAUGCUCAGCAGCACUUUCUGUGCAGAGAAUUAUACGGCGGGAAAACUUGGUCUCCAGGUGCGCCCAGUUGGGUAGGAAGCUUGGUCGGCGUCUGCGUAGUGAACUUCAACACUGCAAGUAUGUCGGCGACGUCCGCGGACGUGGGUUGAUGUGGGCGUUGGAGUUUGUCCGAGACAAGUCAACAAAGACUCCCUUCAAGCCGUCAAUUGGAUUCGGGGCACUUGUUUACCAGGCAGCAUUCGAUCACGGUGUGGCGGUAUAUCCUUGCGUCGGAACAGUUGACGGCGUAAUUGGAGAUCAUAUUCUCCUUGCACCUCCGUUCAACAUCUCAGAGGACGAGCUGGAUGUUAUUGUCUCGACCGUUAGGCGCGCUUACGACGAGGUUGAACUACAUUACGAAAGGAUGAUCAACCAAAAUGCGGUGUAA